AUGGAGAAAGUAAAAGUGGAAAGUGAUUUUAAAAACUAUGACACGGAAUGGUAUAUGCAUAAUCUCUUAACAUCGGAUGAAGCCUCCUACAACAUGCGAUUUGAUGUCGAACUUCUGCAUAGAUUCUUCAAUAAACACAAUCUAAGCGGUAAGCGUCUACUGGAUGUAGGAACCGGUCCAACCAUCCACACACUAAUCACGGCUUGUAAUUACGUGGACGAGAUCUUUCUGUCGGAUUACAUGCCGCAGAAUCUCCGUUAUCUUGAGAGAUGGCAUGAAGGGGAGACUAAUCAAGCUGUAAAAUUAAUAGAACAUGUGGUCAGCCUUGAAGGACGAACGAUGAAUGCAAGAGAUCGAGAAGACGAAUUAAGGAAAAAGGUGAAGGGAAUUCUUCCAGUAGAUGUGACGUCAUCAAAACCACUAGGAGAAGCUUUCAGCAGUAAGCCAAUGUUUGAUAUCAUUGUAUCUAGCUACUGUAUCGAAACAGCUGUGUUUACUGUUGAAGGAUAUGAAAAAUGUCUGGAAAAUAUAUCCUCACUUCUAAGGAAGGAUGGUUAUCUUAUUUUAUUUGCUUGCUUGAACGGCGAUAAUUACCAAAUAGGAGAUUACAAAUAUCGCGCACUUUCUAUUAAUAAAGAAGAACUACAAGCUUGCGUGCGACAAGCCGGAUUUGAAAUCAUGGCGACAGAUAAAGCGGCAGAAACAGAUUAUGAUGCAAAAUAUAUGAGUUUUGACUCAUAUUUUUAUAUCCUUGGCAGAAAAAUGAAUUGUUGA